AUGACCGUUACUUACUGCAGCUUGUGAAAUUUAAACUUUUAUGUGUGUGUAUAGGCACUAAAAGAGCAUGUUAGUGCCUUUUGAAAUUUCAUUUUUUGACACCUUAAUCAACUCAUACAGAGGUGAGCGUCUCACAAUGUGAAGUAAACAAAUUUGACUCUCCAAAUACAGAUUAGUUUGAAGAUAAAAGUAUGUCGAAAAACGAGCAACUAGCAAGUCGUAUACAAAAACUUUGACGUUAGUUUUUUGUUUUGCUCCUCCGCACACCGCUAACCAACUAUAAAAACAAAGGACGCUCUCAGCCACUUCUCAUUAUUCGUAUCCCGUAUAAGAGGCAGUACAUACCUUGGUGUAGAUAGGGCUCAGGUCUUCAAAAAUACGGUAAGCUGGUCGACGUCAGGACACGAAAUAUUCCUCGAGGAAUAAACAAUGGAUUUGGGCAAGGAUUUUUACCAAAAGUGGAAGGCCAAGUCGACGAACAACCGGUGUCUGUUUCUGGAAGACUACUCCGACAUUUCAAAGAUAGAACCCGACAAGAUCUUCUCCUCGACUGCCCUGGAGGAGCAGGAAAGGCCCGACAGCCACUUUAGCCUCCGGCUAUCAUCCGAGUCGUACGUUGACGAGACGCAAGAGGAGUGCCCGGAGAAGCCAAGACCACAGCAGGUUAUCCUGAUCAGUGAAAGUAGUUCCAACGAUAGUGCUCUGCCUCCUGACAAAUCAAGCGAGCCAACAGCCCGUAAAACUCCUGUCGCCUUUGUUCCCAUCACUGGCUGGGUUGAGCGGAAUCAGGAGUCAUCCUCGUCCUCCGAAGAUAAGGUGAGGCCCACCAAGCCUUUGUUGCAACAACAGCCAUCAAUAGCUAUCAUAGAGGACAGUGACUCCGAGGAUAACGGCAAGUCCAACGCGGUCUCAAAAGAGAUCGUGGCUGACGGCGCGACCCUGUCCGAGAGAAAGAAAAAGGAAAUACUCGAUUGGCUGGCAUGCAACUUUGACAGCAUGAGGUGCGGUGCUGGCACUGGUGGUAGUAGCUCGUACAGCCAGGACAGCGUAGUCUCGGGGAGCAGGAAAAGCGGUACUACCAGCUCCGGAAACAGUAGUCUAGAGCGGCUGGAGAUGAACUAUGAGACCCCCAAUAAUCGACAUAAGUUGGUAAGGCCGACUAUCAGCGACAAAUUAAGGGAAUGUGAGAAGAAAAACAACAAGCACCUGUCCAGGCGAGAUCAAAUUUCUCGACGGUCAAGGGUGAUACAGCUGGAUAUCGUCAGGGAUCAAACCCCUGGCAGCAAGAACUCCGACAAAACGCCAACAAAUGUCAGAUCCAAUCGUAGGAGAGUCAUUAAGAACGCAACGCCUGCGAGCACAGGCUCCGACAGCACUCUGAAAAACCAGGUAAGAUUAGUUUCAGGUAAACGCAUAAACCAACAGACUUCUGCUGGUAAAAGUAUCACCAGGACACCGAUUGGCAAUGCAAGGUCAUGUGUAAGAAAAAUCAUCAAAGAUAAAUCACCUGUCUGCAUGACGGUAGGCAAUACGCCGCCUACAGUUGUCAAAAUCGAUCGGAGACCAAUAGUUAUGCCAGAGAGAUUAUCAUCUGAGGUCGAAGAUUCCGAGGAGCAGUUGUCAAUAAAUAAUGCGAAAUCGAAUGUCAUAAUAUCUGAGUCAGAAUCGUUUGAGUCCAAAGAAAGUGAUGAUUUUGAAAAACUGAAUAGCGAAAGAAGUAAAGAAAUUCUUCCAGACGUGCUUGCAAGGUUGAAUUAUCAUAACAAAUGCAGUAGCUUGAAUAAAGUGCAGGCUUUGGAUGGUUUAAGUUUGAAAAACAAGCCGUCAAGUCCUAAAAAUUUGCAAAAACAAUCGAAAAUUGCAUCAAAAGCCUUAGAAAUUACAGAUGAUGCAGAUAUUUUCAAAAAAUCCAUCAAUCCGAACAAUCAAGCUCAAUUAACCGCUGAUAAACCAUUGGAUCCCGAAGUUUUUGAAAUCACAGAUGAUAUAGAUAAUUAUGAUGAAUCACCAGAACAAUGUUCUAAGGACAAAGAAAGUCAUCAAGAAGUUGAUCAACCUGCGCCAGUAGUUGAAACUGUGAAUACCACUGUUAAUGAUUGUGCAGACAUUUUAGAGAAUUUAUACGGAGAAGCAUGGAGAAAUAAAGCAAAGACCCUUAUUUCAUCAGCAGAGCCGAAAAAGCAGAUGAAAGAUGCACGGACGGAAAAAAUGAAUAAUUUUCGAAAACCGCAAUUCAACUUGGAAUCCAAGAGCAAUUUUUCAGAUAAGAAAAAUAUUCAAUCUACAGGUAAUAGAACAAAGUCCAAGAAUCAGAAGUCAAAGGAUAGUUUUAUUAAUAAUCGGUCAACAUCGGAAAGUAGUAGUCCAGAUGGCUCUUACUACACAGCUCUCAGCAAUCCCACGUCUCAGAAUAAUUUGCCGGCAAUCAGGACUACUUCCACGGUAAAAGUAAGCGAUAAGAACGUCAAGAGUACAGUGCUAGCUAUUUGUGAUUCGGAGUCAUCGGAUGAUAAUAUCAAAGACAAUGGUGACGACAACGAUGAAAACUGGAAAAUGAGAAGCCCGGUUCAGAGGCGACUGAGCUUUGAUUCCUCCAGUAGUUCUAUUACGAGCGAAUUUGAUCCAGAUGACAUUGUCCCACCCAAAACAAAAGCUAAAACAAUAAAAUUUAAAAAGUUCACCGGUGCCGAAGUAAGCAAACCAAAGUCGCAUCAGCAGUUUGACAAACGAUUUGUGAAAAAAAGUUUCCUGGCUUCUCUGUCGAAGGAGGUGCCUCUGCACCAAGCAGACUUCAAAGCAAUGACCUACAGAAACAAAUACACCGUACUCAAGGAGGAAUUGUGCAAGGUAUUGUUCAGGGUAUUUAACGAAAAGGUUUUUCAAAGUAAACUGCCGGACGACAUGGUUGUUGAGUGGAGCGUUCGAUUGACUGGUACUGCAGGAAAAUGCUACAACAAACAGACGGUGAAAGCUCUCGGCAAAACUACCAAGUCGUCUAGGAUUGUCUUGGCCGCCAAAGUCUUGGACUCUCCAGAAAGAUUGAGGGACACGUUGAUUCACGAAAUGUGUCACGCUGCGACUUGGUUGAUAAACAAUGUGUCGGACGGCCACGGCAGAUUCUGGAAAGCAUGGGCACACAAGGCAAUGAAAGUUUUCCCAGAGCUACCACCCAUUACUCGGUGUCACGAUUACCAAAUACAAACUAAAUACACGUACAAAUGUACUUCGUGCGGCUACAGUAUUGGAAGACACUCCAAGUCCCUGGAUCUGAACGUCAAACGAUGUGGCUACUGCUAUGGAAAAUUUGAACUGUUGAUAAACAAGGUCACAAAGAAUGGGAAAGUGCAAACGAAAAGUACGGCCCAGAGCAGAGAACUGACGGGCUUUGCCCUUUACGUCAAAGAAAACUAUCAGUCGGUGAAGAAAAGUGGGGCUGCAACGAAGCACGCCGAAGUUAUGAAGUUACUGGGCCAACAGUUCUCUGCCAUCAAGUUGAUGCCCAAGCCGGGAGAUCGCUGCAAAAAUAAUAAUAACGACGAAUCGCCGUAACCGCAAGAUUCCAAAGUGUAAAUAGAAAAACUGGAGUGCAAGAUUUUAAUUGUAACCAAGCGCUUUUUCCCAAACGACAUUCAUCAGGACUAAAGACUGAUGCAAAUGUUUUUAAAGUUAAUUAUUGUUGAUUUAAAAUUUUUAAGAGUAUAUUGUAAAAAGU